AGAUAAUUAGGAAUGUCUGCUACCUUUAGUGUUUCUUCUUGUUUGUUUGUCUGACAGCAGAAUUUCCUGCUCCUCUGAUUGCGAACAUCCCGAGAGCCUUCGGUGACGUCAGCAGUGAUUCGCGCGCACGGGAGACUCUGCUGGACCUCAGAGCAGCAGAAAAACAGAGGAUGCGGUGGAGGAGACGCAGCAUCCCGCAACAGCACCUCCAGUGCAGCUCGGAGCUGAAAGUUUAGUUAGGAAUUCACAAACUUCUGGACCAGGCACGCGCCUUCAGCUGCCGCUUUUACGCACAAAAAUGAACCGUGACGCACGCGCUUGCUGGUAAAAUAACCUUUUCCAACAGCGUUUGUGGUUUAAAUCUCGCAAAACCAAAUCUGGAAGAAGACUGUUGGGGUGUCAGGGGGGUGAGGAACACCUCCCAGUGGACUCUAUGGGACUGAAUCCUCCAGCGCGCGCGCCUCCAUGCAGCUCCUUCCACUGAUUUCAGCUCUGAGCGCCGCAGCUCUGCUGUCCCUGCUGAGACUCCACCAGAAGAUCCACUGGGAAGGUCAAGCGAAGGCAGGAACCUGUGAGGUUGUAACUCUGGAUGAAGACAGAAGCCAGCCCUGGAGGACGGUCAACCGGCAGUCGGUACGCUGCGCCUGCAGGAAGGGACAGAUGGCAGGAACAAUAAGAGCCAGACCGGCAUGUGUGGAUGAGGGCGUGGUCAGGACUCAACGGUGGUGUGAGAUGUCUCCAUGUCUGAAAGAUGAAGCCUGUCAUCUUCUGGAUCAACGGUCGGGCUGGAUCUGCUCACAACCAGGAGGGAGAGUCAAGACCACCACAGUCUCCUGACAGGAUAAUGGACGAAGGAUCUCUUAAUGUUGGAUGAGACAAGCUUCCAGGAGAAAGGAGAACCACACUCUGCUCCUCAAGCCCGACUCUGUGAAGAAACUAUGGAGGAAUGAGACUUUAAAAUGUUUUGAGUCGUGGACCACAAAACAUUCUAAAAUUUGACAGCAGGGCUGAACCAUCUUUUAAAGUUUCAAAGAUGACCAGAGCUAAAGCAGAUGUUUUACUUGAUUGUUGGGGAGUAUCUACCACCUCAUACGUCUUUAAUCUUGAUUCUACACGAUUAAGGAUAUACAGACUGCAGUCUUACAGACUCGGAACUGAAUUUUUAAUUUACGAAGAACUUUUCACAUAAUUAGAAAAUAAUAUACUGGUAUCAGCAAACAAUACCAAUUUUAAUGACCUUGAAACUUUAAGUAUUUCUUUUACAUACAAAUUAAACAAUGUAGGGCCUAGUAACGAUCCUUGCGGGACACCACAAACAACCAUUCUGGUCUCUGAAGGUAUCAGCUCUUCUCUCCCCUUCAGGUAGCUUCCAAUCCAGUUUAGUCGCUCUACUGAUCCAGAGCGGAGUCGAAGGCAAAGCUCUGGGUUUACUGGUCAGUCUUUGUUCCUUUCACAGCUUUGAGUCAGGACUGAAAGGAGAAGGUCCGAGCAGAUACAAGCAGCUGGAGUGAGUUUCCUCUGAAGGAUGACUAGGUCUCUUACAGACGCCUCCUGGAGGUAUUCAAGGCAUACCCAACAAGAAGAGGCCACUGGGAAGAUCCAAGACACAGAGAAGCAGCUACAUUUCCCAGCUAGCCUUGACACUCUUUGGGGCUCCCGUGGCAGAACUGUUUUCUGUGGGGAGAAAGGUUGGAUGGAUGAACGGAUGGAUGCACCAGACUUUUCACCUGUCUAAACAGGAAGGAACUGAUCCGUCUGAAGUUGGUCCAGAUCUCAGCUUUUGACUCGUACGAACUACAGAACACACGACCUCCGUUCACUGGCGCUCCAGUGUUUAUGUUCUUUGAUUUACUGUAAUCUUUUAAUUAUUAACACGAUAAUUCCAGCAGACUUUCAAGGAGAUGAUUCAAAAGAGUUUGAUGUGAAUGAAUCUGACAAGUCAGUAGAUCCAAGAGGCAGGUCUCAAUGGAUGCAUUCAUCACCAAGUGCUGCCAAGUAGUGAUAGAAAACACAGCAUCACUGGACAGAUCUGGUUCUGGAGGUUUCCAGAAGAGUAAAACCUGAUGACAUAAGUUGUGUUCAAAUUCUCCCCUAAUCACUACGUAGUGCAUUCACCAUUUUCUAGUGGUAUCCGAAUCUACUAAUUCCAAAUUUGCCAGAAGUCUGCAAAGAACACGCAUCAAUGCUGACUAGAUUAGAGAACAUAGACCACAAUGCAUUGUGGUCGAACAAUUUCGAACAAAAAAACAUGUUUAAAUGUAAUAUUUGAAUAAACUAUCAUCAUUUUCACCAUCAAAACACUGUGGAGUCAUA